AUGAUAUUCUCCCCGCCCGUCGCAGCGCUCUGCGGUUUCCUCUGUUCACCAAAUGCACUGAGGCCAGGUGUGUGCGGUAUCUGGCCCGCUGCACCCUCUCCCUGCGGAUUUCGACGCUUGGGCCGAUGUUUGCUUGUGUCUGUGAAGCGAUGGGGCCAAGGGACAUGGGGGAGUGUAGUAUGGUGGAUUUAUGCGGGAAUGCGGGAUAUGCUGGUGUCUGGGGGGUCGUUUGGGCGUCGAAUGUGGGUCCUAGGCGGUGAUUUGCUUCCGUUCUUGUGGAUGGAGAUAGGAACACAGAUAUGCUGCAAUGCUGAUCUCUCGACCUCCUCUUCAAAUUCUUCACCUCCUGGUGUCUCCGUAUCGUCCCGACGCUCAUCCUUCAAGACAUGUACCGAGCAAUCGUUGUUCCCCGCUCCCACACCCUGCCCAAGACGCCAUUACUCGCCCAUGCUGCAUAAGGCUCUCGUAGCGCUGGGGACAGUGUUUCUCGAUGACCCAAACAUCCGGGACUUCAAGUCCCGUUGUUGUUUUGCUGAUGCUGCGAAGUGCUAUCUAGAGGUGGAAUGCCAAAAACCUCAGUUGAGCGUGGUGCACGCGUUCGACUUCAUGGCUGCCUUCCAUGCUUCUCAGGGGGAUCAGACCCUUGGGUUCCUCUAUUUUGGCAUGAGUGCCCGGAUGGGCCAAGUCCUGGGUCUAGCUGUCGAUUGCUCGGACUGGGUCAAACUCGGUCUCAUCGACGAGACUGAGAGGCUUGACUGA